AUGUCCGCACGUCGUUUUACAAGGAAGGAGAUCGAAGCGCGCAACCAUCGCGGAGAUGCAGCCAUCAUCAUUGACAACAUCGUUUACGAUGUCACCGGUUUUCUUGAUGACCAUCCAGGCGGUAUAGAAGUGUUGCUGGACAACGCAGGAACCGAUGCAACUAAAUGCUUUCGCGAUGUGGGACACAGCGACGAUGCAUACACAUGGCGCGAGCAAUACGUUAUGGGAGAGGUUGUGGAGGAAGAAAAGUUGCCUGUAGAACCUCGUGAGAAGCAGCUGGAUAACACGAGGGAGCCUCUUUCACUCGGAGCGCUUGUAGGAGUUGCAUUGCCACCUCUUGGGCUUGCGAUCGUGUCUGCGGUUUUAUAUUUCUACCUCUUUGGGUAG